CGCUUAGAGGCGGUCUCCAUGACUCCCGAAGGAUUUAUGCUUCAUCCUUCGCCAAAAUGGUAACUGGGGACCAGCUUUCCUCGACCGAGAAGAAGCGUCUUCGCGAUAGAAGAGGCCAGAAAAGGCUUCGAGAGAAACGUGAAAGCCAUAUCCAAGCGCUGGAGCGACAAGUGGCCACCUGCAAGCAGCAUCAUGGCGCCGACAGAACGGGCAAUCUUAUUUCUGUAGUAAACCAGCUGUACAGGGAGAAUGAAGCCCUUCGGGCGCGACAUGAGCGCUUGCGUGCAGUUCUCAUGGAUGAUCCAUCAAGCCAUCCACUGAGUAUCGGAAAUGUUGAGCCUGCUACGUUGUCUAUAUCCCUCCCACCAACCCAACAAUCAAGCGAACCAGAAAGACAUUCAGACCAAAUUGCGGACUUGGCCACGAGCCCAUCUCAACCUGAGGCGCAUUCAAGUGAUACUGAUUCUGGAGAUCAACUCUCCCCGGAGGCAUGGUACUUGGUACCCAUGAGCACAACCCAGGCAAACCAAAUAGCAUUCCCAGGAAACUCUAUGUGGCUGGAAUAUCCCGAUCUCAUAUCCGCAUGCCCUACAAACCCAUCACCCCUCGAUCUUCUCCACGGAACUCGUCGCAACUUCCUCGCCGACCAGAUUCACCGUAGCCUUCGGCAGCGUGCGAUCCGAGACGCCGAAUGCCUAGCAAUCGGGUGGCAGCUAUACCACUUCAGCAAAUGGCUCGUCAUGCCGGAUCCAACGACAUUCGCCCGGAUAUCGCAAUACCUACGCCCUAUCAGACCUCAGCUCCAGGUUGACCACCCCCGCGCGAUAGACCUGGUGUUCUGGCCGCAGGUGCGCGCCAAUCUGCUGAAGAACUGGACCAGCUACGACUUUGUGGAUGUGAUGGGGUAUAUGAGCUGCUGCACGAAGCUGCGGUGGCCGUGGGGGAAGCCCAUUCUAGAGCGUGAUGAGGACGAUGAGUUGCAGAUGCGUGGAGACUAUUUCGAGACGUUCACCAGGGAGAGUGCGUGGGGAUUGACGUCGGAGUUUAUAGAACGGUAUCCGGAGCUUUUAGAAGGCAUGGAUGUCGAGAGCAUCCGGUUCCGGCUGGGUCCGCCGAAUAGUACUGAGCAGGUUUAAUCGUUUCAUAUAGAAUAGUGGAAUCAUUGUAAC